GGUAAAUCGAAGCGUAAUCCAUGCAUUGAAUCAACGCGUGCUUCAGGCAAAACGAUUUGCCUCCAAACGAGAGGAGGUGCGCAAACAAAACCGUGGAGCACCGAUCCUAUCGCUUUCGGGUGGGUACGCAGCUGGCACUCUCGGCGGAAUGCAAAUUACACCUGGGAAAGACACCGGAGCCAUUUCUGCUACUGCGAGCGAGCAACAAAGCAAUGCAGCAGUUGGGAGCAGAGCUCGAAACGCACCGGCAAUGAAGGCAGUACCGAGAGGAAAAAAGAUGGCUACAUCUACUGCAGCAUCGACAUCCAGCUUGUCUACUGCUAGAGGAACCAAUCCGAAUACCAAGUUGCAAGCAGGACGUUCUCAGGCGCUAAGUGCACCAGCAGAACCUACUGCCGGAGGACUGAACACUAACAACUCUUCGACGCUCUUGCUAUCUGCAGACGUCCUAGAAGAUGACAAUGUGAAAACAAAUAGACACCAACACUGCGGGAACGCGGGCGCGGCACAAGCAGCAACUGCCAAAAAGUUGAAGGGCAAGAAGCGAGUCUCUUCUGCGAAAAAACCCUCAUCCGCGAAGAAGAAGACAACCAGUGAUAGCGAGUUCACUUCUGAUUCUGAAGUUGGCUCUACGUCCUCAUCUGACAGUUCCUCGUCUGGCAGAAGCGGCGGCGAGGAUGAACCAGCGACAGAUGUCGACGAAGGUGAGGUGAAACGCAAAAUGCGAAGUGACGCGAAAAUUCUGGGGAUUCAGCAAGAUCAAGAACCGGCUACAGGGGACGUCAAUGCACAAGUGCGUACUCGAGCUAGAGGCGAUACAAUUCGGGAUGACGAUGACGCCAUCGCGAUAUCGCAGCGACUUCUUGCUGCAGAGCAGAACACACGAACCGCAGGAACAGCGGGACGUAUGACGCAGAAGCAAGGGACGACAGAAAUGAAGCCAAAUAGUGCCACCUCUUCAGCUCCAGUGAAGCCAAAUCAGAGUACGACGGGGACGGGAGCCGCCGGUGCACAGUCAACAGCCACGCAGGAGAAGGAAGACAACGUCUCUGCGGGCCUUCUAGGUGCACAAGAAAAGACAGACGAGGAAAUAAGAUUACCAGCAGCACGUCCUCCGAGUGAAGAGCUAGCAUUCUCAGACGCCAAAAAGCCAGCCCAUCCAGUGUUCGACUCGAAAAAAAACACUAUCAGUGGUUCCAGUCGCGCCACGAAGCAUACAAAGGUGUCCUCAGCUGUUCUUGCGGCAGCUUGGGGUGGUGGUACCUCAAGUCGUUCGACUCAACAAAACACGGGAGGGACUAAUACGAGUGCGCGUGCGGGUGCGACCAGUGCAGCAUCAAGUAAACCCAGACCUGCAGGAGUAGACGGAGCGACAUCAACAAGUACGAAUAUGCUGAAUCCUGGAAAUCAAGUCGAAGUAGACGAUGCUAUGUUCGAUGGAUCUGGGAAUAGCAAAAUAGAGAUGACGAAUGGGACUUCUACAACAGCUAAAAAAGCUAGAGUACUUGCGUCGGGCACAUCCACGAAAACGACCAAGGCAAAGAGCACAAAGGCAGCACAAAAAACUGUCAAAAAAAGCGAUGUAAAGGGAGAAGCGUCAUCUUCAAGCGUGCUCGGCGCAGCGCCGUCUUCAUCUGCCGCGAGUAAAAAAGCAAUGCCGUCCAUUAGUGCAGCUUUGUCAACCGAGUUGGAUCAGUUGAGCGCGAAUAAAGGUCGGAAAGGGAAGCAAGACCGCAACGGGUUUUCGAAUUUCAUGCUGCAAAGCAAAGCGUACGAACGACGUAUGAGGGCCAACCCGAAUCGGCAGGUAGCUGCAAAUAAGCGUCUGCGAGAUCGCAAGCGUGGAGGAAAGAUGAAUUUUUCGGCGGAUCCAGACCAGCUACAGGGCCGCGCGCGACAAAACUACUAUCUCAGUAAACGGGAACAACUAGCGAAAGAGACGUUCGCUCAACGGCAUUUCAUGGAUAAUCCGGGAUGGAAAGUGCCGCUAUACAGCCGCGGCUUCGGGCGAGACCGUACGGUCGUAAAGACGCCAGCAGAAGCGCUUGAGAAAGUCGCUUUUCAGAGUUUCCGGAAUGGCCAAGCCGAGGCGAUAGACGCAGUCACGCGGGAUAGCCGUCGCACACUCUUGAUUCUCCCGACUGGUAUGGGUAAGUCUCUGACUUACCAAAUUUGCGCGUUGUUGCUGCGAGACCAGGGCAUGACGCUAGUUGUAACCCCUCUGGUCGCUCUGAUGGCGGAUCAGCUGAAAAAUUUACCCGUGUGCAUCCGAGGAGCGGCCAUUAACUCGCAUCAGACUCCCGAACAGUCGCGGAAGGUCAUGGCCGCAGUGCGAAACGGUGAAAUUGACUUGUUGUUCGUGACUCCGGAACGACUAGCCAUGUGGGCACUGAGUAGUCGCGAUUUCCCAAUUGCGCUAGUGUGUGUGGACGAAGCGCAUUGCGUGUCCAUAUGGUCACACAACUUCCGGCCAACCUACAUGCGUCUAAACUACUUUUUCCAGCAGCUGAACAUCCCGAGAGUCCUCGCGCUGACGGCAACGGCCACGAACCGAGCGAUCACUGGUAUCCAGGACCUCUUAAAAAUUGAUACAGUGCUACGCCAGAACAUCCAAGGCGAAAUAGUGCAAGAACGACGGGGUGUAGAAGGUGAAGACGCGUGUAAAGUCGUUGCCAAAGCAGUCAAAGAACAAACAGUGAAGCCUCCAAGCGAAGCCGAGCUUGAUGAAGUUCCUCAAGUGACCCUUCCAAGUGCUUUGUUCGAUAACGAUCAUGACGUGAGCAAGAAAGCGGUAGCUACCACAGCUCCGGAAUCCAAUACAACGGAAGAUAAGGACGACCGAGUCGCGCAUCAGAUGAAAGAUGAAGACGCGGUGAAAGCUUUAGGCUCAGCCGAUGGUAAAGUCGAUGUAAAGUCAGAUAACACCGAUGCCACUCCCCUUGUCGAGAACGCCAAGGACGAUGCCGAUGGUCAAUCAGAAGUCAAAGCAGAAGCACCAUCUUCAGCUUCAGCUUCAGCUUCAGCAGAUGGCGAUGCCGAGUCCAAGGUAGGACAAGAGCAGGGUAAAAGGUCGGUUUUGAGUCAGUCGAUCUUGCGAAGGAAUUUGACUUGCACUGUGUGCGAAUGCGAUGAGAAGAAAAAAGCUGAUGAACUUCUCUACCUUCUUAAUCAGGAUGAUCGAUUUCGGGCAGGUCCGAUUCUCGUCUAUGUCUGGAGAAGGGCGACCGUUACUGCACUCGCGCGUCUCCUUUCUGGCCGGGGCGUCAACUGCGUUGGCUAUCAUUUAUGUACACCAGUUCUUGCAGACUUCAUUUCAUUUUCAACAAAUCUUUCACUUUUCUUCAACGUGGACUUCUAAGACCACAUCAAGAGCGAUUGUAGUUGCGUGCCUGAUCAGAGUAGCAGGUAGUCAAUACCUUGAUUCUAGUCCACAUCGCUUUUACCUGUUCCUUAAAUCACUCGUUUGUAUCCAUGGCGCCUAGGUAGAUGAAGUAGAACGAGUAUCAAGAGAUUGAUACUGAUACAAUACAUGGAUACAAUUAUUUCCUUUUUCAUUUCUUUCCUCUCUUGCGGCUGAAGACCGGGAUCGCUUCCAGAAGGAGUUCACGCAGAAUCGAAUUCGCGUGCUCGUAACGACUAUUGCGUUCGGAAUGGGCAUCGACAAGCCAGAUAUUCAAGGCGUGAUCCAUUACGACAUGCCGAAGUCCCUGGAGAACUUUGUACAGGAAAGUGGCCGCUGCGCGCGCGACCUGAACCGGCGAGGACACUGCCAUGUCUUCGUCAACGCAGGGGAUUUCGCCCAACAAAGAAAAUACGUCUUCGGCAGUAUUGGCGCACAUGGUUCUGCAGUCGACAAGCUGUUGGAUCUCGUUUUUAACCGCAAGCGGAGGCACGCAUUGCAGCAGGCAAAUAAAGGAGCAGGAGGAGGGACACAACAAACAGCAGAGGAGCAGGUAGACAGCAUCGUUCUAAACGAAAAAGAAACGGCGCGCGUUCUUGGCUGUGAAACGGAUGAGGUGCACUCUUUGCUAGCAAACCUAGAACGGCUCUCGGGAGACGCUUUUCGAUUGUACAGCAGUUUUCCUGCGACCUUGCGCAUGCGCUUUUUCGGAGUAACGCCGGAAGAACUCUCUGAAAAGGACAUCUUCCUACGAGAGCUCCUGCCACUAUGUCGCACAAACUCCGGUGUACGCACUAUCGACACCCUAGCCGCCAUCAAAGCGCUCAACUCGAACAGUAUUCGUUUGAUUAGGUCUCAGAUGAUCAUGGCCAUGCCCGGCGUAGUGUCUUUGCAAAAGAAACUCCAUACUUGCACGCCAACUACUUGCCUUUACCUCAGUGAGUCAGAUGUAGUUAAUAAAUAUGUCAUACUCGUUGUACGAGAAAAAUACUACAAUGACAAUGACAGUGCAAUAUGAACUCAAGAACAUUAAUAUCGUCAACCAGCUGAACGCGGUUUCUCGUUGGCGAGCACUCCUGGAGAAUUUUUGACGAAUCUGAAUGUCUGUGCUGGGAUUCACAAGAUCUCGUUGGAACGGGACAACUACGGCUAUCUCCUUGAGGUUUUGCAGAAUCCGUCACGUGCAGAUCUUACCAAAUGGGGUUGCAGUCUGAAAGCCCACGUGCGUGAAGUUGAGCAAGUCGCAGCACAGCAGAUCGACGCAUGCUAUUGUGCGUUUGAUUAAGGCUUACCCUAAGUUAUCUUCUGAAGCAAAAGUAUCUUGGAGCUUUUCCAUCUCCAUGAGUGGAAAAGAGACCGCCCAGAAUGAAUCGCAAGAUGGAUUCGGAUGAGCGCUAAUCUGAUCGAGUGUCCACGGCGGCGCAAAAGCUCCGAGACGGCACAAGCAGUAUGCAAAAUCCACUGUCGAUCGUGAGCGCUUCGACUGCAUUGCUCUCUUUUCUGGUUGAUCUCUACUUUUAUUCGACCGAAGGCGAGGAUGUUAUGAUUGAAUGGCUGGAUGUUGAUACUCGAUAAACUGAAAUAAGCAAGUAAGUACUUAAAUAAAAUAGAAUAUGCGAGAUACUGAAACUGAAAGAAGAGCAGCGUAGUGACUCUUGUUUUACUUCCAUUUUUAGCUACUCGUCGCUUACUUCCAGUUUUCGAAUACUUAUUUGAAUUUUUAGAAUCUAUCAAUUUGUAGCUUCCUCCUCCGUAAAUCAAACCGUGGCUUAACCUUUUUACUCAAUUUGCAGACCACAAUAACAACUAUACUAACUACUUUUUUGAUUUACGUUCUCCUUUUCCACCAUUUCCACCAGCUCCACCCUCUCGUUCUUCAUAUCUCUCGUAGCAAAGAUAUCAGGGUCUGCGGACAUGAAGCAUAAGGCGCUGUCCAACGCUCUUGGUUUGUCGAUUCCAUUGCUUAUCCAGUUGCAAUCCGUGGACGAGAAAAACGAGGCCGAACUCUGGCGCAAGCACCCAGAAUAUUCACGACUUAAAAGAGACGUCUAUACAACCUGCGCGAGCGCUUUGCUGCGAACAGCGAUGAAAAUUAUGAAGGGUUGAUCGCGUUAUCUUCAGAGUUAUUUUUCUAUCAGCUCAUAACUCAACAUUGUGGUCCAAUAGUUGUUCAAGGUGCUGUUUCCAUUUGCAAUCACAACGCAAUUUUUUCAUCAAAGAUAGGUCACAGUCACUUGGUGUGUUGUAAUUCCUUGUUCAACAUUUUCGUGCUUCGUUCAAAUCAUUAACUACGAGCGUUGAUAUGUAUCUUCUUCUCCUUCAUUAUCGAGGCCAAGGAGCCGGUGCUUUUCGUAACGAAUAUCCUGAUGGGCCGAUUUUGCACGAUGCUCGGUCCAGACCUGGACGCUCGAUGGCGGUGGAUGAAAAAUCCUGCGUGGAAUACACUGCAGGAGUGGCCUUUCGGACUCGUGCAUCUCUGCGCGUCAGAAGCUUGGCAAGCAUUUGUAAACGAAGACAUUGAUAGAGCCAUGAGAAAGUGAACGAAUAAAUAUAUGUUCGUUUUUGUUGUGUUGGUUUGUGUAAUGCUACUAUGAAUGUGCUUUUUGAUAUUCUGAUCAUCUUACUAUUUCCUUCUUUUUCACUGAUUAUUCUGAUCAAUCUAAUACAUCACAACUCACAUCACGAGUCAAAAGAACGACUGGGGAAUCGCUGAAGAAGGGCAACGUACUAGAAGAAAACCGAGGACAUUUGAAUUUUUAACAUCACUUACUCACCAGCAGGAAAAUUCGAGAGGAUGAUCCCUAGACUACUUUUCUUGUGACGAAGAGGUUUGUUGUAUAUGUUGCACUUGGAGAUAUCACAAACGAGAAGAUAGACGGAGAAU